GCAAGAAAGAUCUCGGUUUCACCUAUUCGAUCGCGACCCCAGGCUGUGCAAGGCAAGUGGAGACUUGCUGACCCGGCACGUGAUCUGUAACUCCAACGCCUGUUGGGUGGUGGAGCUUCUGGGCUUUGGGGGCUCGUGCAACAAGCUGCGUCGUCGCCUUCGCAGCAGCGACUCUCUUGAGCACCAAAUUCCAGAGAUAGCUCCCAUCUCGAGCUCCCGGCGCCCGGCCAUCACGCGCUUUCACCAUACGAUUGGGCAACUGAGCUACCGAGCUCCGAACUCUCCCACCCAUCCAGUCCACGAAACUCUCGCCAAGAUGAGCAAUCCCGACUCGGAGCUGGCGCCCAAGUUCGCGCCCUUUCUUGGCAUGGCUGGAAUUGCUUCAGCCAUGAUCUUUGGCAGCUUAGGAGCUGCAUAUGGCACUGCGAAAUCUGGGAUCGGUAUUGCGGGUGUUGGAACAUUCCGGCCGGACCUGAUCAUGAAGUGCCUUAUUCCAGUCGUCAUGUCCGGAAUUAUUGCCGUCUACUCGCUCGUCAUCUCAGUACUGAUCGCGCAGGAUCUUGGACCACCAUCAUCGAAUACACACUAUAGCUUGUUCAAUGGCUUUAUGCAUCUCGCGUGCGGUCUCUCCGUUGGUCUCACAGGACUAGCCGCCGGUUACUGCAUUGGCAUCGUCGGCGACAAGGGAGUCAGGUCAUACAUGUCGCAGUCGAGAGUCUUUGUUGGCAUGGUGCUGAUUCUCAUUUUCGGCGAAGUUCUUGGUCUUUACGGGCUUAUUGUUGCUCUCAUCCUGAACACCAAGAGCAAGGGCUAAGUGGUCUCGUCAUGAAUUUAGCGGCAUUGACAAAACAUAAGUGUACCAAAAAAUGUGUAUACCAGAAGUAGAACACGUGCGCGGCAGGGGGGUUGUUGUUACAGGGAGCAUUUGGCCUAGCGUUGAACGGAUGUGUAACCCUUUUCAGGUUGAAUAGAGAGACGGAGACCCUAUAUCAUUAUGGGCCCAUGGGCUGUGAGAUCCCAGGUAAUUCCAGGUACGGGUUCCGGGGAACGGAUGUUGGAAAUUCAUCUCUAUUACCUAUUCGGUACCUACCACUUAUAUCGCGCCUGUCUCCUAUUGCAGACAAUUAAUGCAUGUCGCUGAGUCAGGUCAACUACGUACAUAGACGAGUACAGCAGCAAGUAGCAACAAAAAGAU